AUGCCUGCUCACAGCGAAGAUACUCCUUCGCAAACGCCGGGACAGCUGGAGUCGUCGGACCUCGAAGUCGGGAGUCCAGAGAAACUGGACGGGAAUCUGUUCAAUGAGCAGACCCAUUACGUGCCCCCGAGGACCAUCAUUAAGAUCUUCCUCGCAUGUGCCAGUGUGGACAUGGUUGCACUGAUGGAUCAGACAUCGUUGGCGGCCAGCAUGACGAUCAUCAGUUCCUCCCUGAAUGCAGGUCGGCAGGCGUCCUGGAUUGCUAAUGCAUAUUUCAUCACGUCGACCUCGUUCCAGCUACUCUACGGGCGGCUGUCCGACGUAUGGUCCCGCAAACUCGUGCUCUUGGCGGGAUUACUCAUUUUCUUCCUUGGAUCCUUGGCUGCCUCACUGGCUCAGAAUGCGAUGCAGCUCAUCGUCUUCCGAGCCUUUACGGGUAUUGGAGGCGGUGGUUUGGCUACCGUCGCCCAGAUCAUUGUGAGCGAUGUCGUUACACUAAGGGAGCGCGGAAAGUAUCAGGGAAUAUUGGGUGCUGUUGUUGCUCUUUCAAACGGAGUGGGUCCCGUUCUUGGUGGUGCUCUGGCUUCGCAAUCAGAAGAUUCCUGGAGAUGGAUCUUCCGAUUGAACAUGCCGUUGAGUGUCAUAUGCGCUCUCUGCUGCAUCUUCUUCAUGCCGCUACGGAAGGUUGAGGGCAGCUGGAAGAAGAAACUAGCAGCCAUCGAUUUCAUCGGGGCAGCCCUUACAUUGGCGGGCUCAGCUUUGAUCAUCCUCGGACUCACCUGGGCUGGUUCUGAAUAUCCAUGGGACUCCCCGUACGUCAUCUCCACGAUUGUCGCCGGGGUGGCUGUCUCAGCAAUCUUCCUCCUCUGGCAGUGGAAGGGCAGCACGUUCCCGCUGAUGCCGUUGCAUAUUUUCAAGCAAACCAUCGUCAUUGGCGGAUGCUUCACAAUGUUUGUAAACGGAUGGAACUUCAUCGUACAGAUCUAUUACAUCCCGACCUUCUACCAACUAGCAUACGGAUACUCCGCCGUCAAAUCGGGAGCACUACUGCUUCCGCUCGUACUCGUUCAAACUUUCAGCAGCACCAUCUCGGGGCUAAUAGUGACCUGGACCGGCCGCUACCGCGAACUAAUCCUGGUCGGCUGGAUCGUCUGGGCCAUUGGCUUGGGCCUAUUUUCUACGCUGGACGAGACUUCCGGGCUCGGGAAGCAAAUCGGCUACGCACUCUUGACAGGACUCGGAGUGGGCCAUACGUUGCAGCCGGCUCUCAUUGCGCUUCAGGCCGGGGUGGAGAGAAAGGAUAUGGCGGUGGUGACGGGUACUCGGAACUUCCUCCGAAACCUCGGUGGCACUCUCGGCCUUGCACUCGCGGGAACAAUCCUCAACAACACAAUCCGCUCUCGACUGGCCCCCCUCGGCUACGACGACACCGCGAUCGGCCACAUCCUCGACGCCCCCACGUUAGUGCUUUCCCGUGGUGAAGACGACGAAACCCGGAUUGCAGUGCUGGCGGCAUACCAGCGUGGGUUCAGAGUCAUAUUCUUGGUGGGUGCAUCGCUUGCGGCACUCGCGUUUUUCGUCGCCCUCGCUACUAUAAAGCAGAUUAAUCUGGAUAGAGAUGAUGAUGAGGCGCUGAAGAAGGAGGCGGCGAGAGUACUUGCGGAAAAAAAGAAGAGGAAGGAGGGGGAGGCAUCCGAGACCAAUACGAUGUAG